AUGCAAUCUCAACUGACACAGCUCGAAAAGACUGUUGUUUCCUUCUGGCGAGACACUAGCUCCAAGCUCGAGACUGCAGGUUCAUCCACCGAUCAUGGUACGACCAAAGCUGGAGAUUUCGGGGACUCAUCCAAGAGCAAUCCCGUAUAUGCUUGCGAGUACGGUCAUACAGCCACUAUCCAGGGCAAGGUAUACACAUCUGCGAGCAAUCUGGAGUGCCAAAAUCUCGUCCAGAAAGACCAACAACCUGAAGUGCCUGCCAUGGAGCAAGAAUCAAAUCCAGAUGUCUUCCAUGGAUCCUUGAGACAACGACUUGAUUGUUUGGCCAAGCUGGUGACUGCCGAGCAGGCCGGAAACACAGCAACCCUUGAUUGUUUCAACAAGGUCUUCGAAUUGCUCCAGUCAAUCUUAGACCAGUUUGCGAAUGUCGCUACGAAACAAGGCCUUGACGCUGUGCGCGUUGGAACAAGACACGACGUGGACCUUUUCCAUAUUGCAUUGCAGGAGGAUCUCGAGAACAACCGAACAAAGACUGUGCAAGAUCUCAAGACUGUAUCUGAAGAAUGGAGGCAAAAUUUCAUGCGCUGUCAAGAUGAGAAGACUUCAGGUGAAACCCACGAUCAACAUGACAGAACAAGGCAGGAUAUCCUAUCCUUGCGAAGAGAGAUGAAACAAGGCCUCAAGCUAUUCAGAGAGGAAGCGAAGCAGCAUUUUUGUAUUUCCCGAGAGCAGACGACCCGUCAUCUCAAAGCUUUUGGUCAAGAACACAAUCAACAUGUGUCCAACACCGUACACCGGCUCAACGAAUGUCUAACCAACCAGAAAAGCUCACUUGUGGCGUUCUUGGAAUCCGAAAAACUGUUCAGGCAAAAGUUGCUAAGUGUUCCGGAUGCACUGAAGGAGCUGGAAGAAGUCAUUACCACAAGAUUGCCAGGGAGGGAAGACCAGCCUCAGGAGGAGAUGCCACAAGCUUUCUCGUUUGCCGAAAUUAUCAAAACCCAUCAUAAGCCCUUAGAGGGAGACGUGACUGGUAGCGAAGUUUGCGUUCAGAUGCACGACCAAAGCACACAAACCACUGAGCUCGGCGUGAUGUCUCAUCAAGGCACUCAGACCAACGAACUUGAUGAGGCUCCCUCAAACGACCAAGGCAUGUCGUUCUCUCCUGACGUUGUACUCGAGGAGACUUCGGAUGCCAGAUUGGGAUAUGGAGAUGUGAUAAGUGAAGGCACACAGACUCUUGCGUUGGAGGAACAGUCGUUGGAAAGGUCGGUUCCAACUCCUACUGCCUCUGUCGAUACCAACAAGGCGUACCUGGAGAUGAUACCUCUCAUUCUGACUGGAAUACGCGACAUGGACCAGAAGGUUUCGGUUCUCAUUCGAAGGGUCGAGCAGCAAGAAAAUCGUGCAUCCCCUCGAGAAGUGGCAGCUUCGACAACGCACCUCACCGCGAGAGUUGGUGCUGGCAUAGACCUUGAAAUCACGUCUUCGAGUCGAGAACGUGUCAAUAAGAAACCCAAGGCCUCUGGCGAGUUGGCAGAAAUGAGGAGCAAUGGAAGAUAUCUGGAAUCACUCGCCAGUCUCCUUCAACCUUACAUGAGCUCCACAAGUCCCAGCCUGGGAAGCAGUCGAGUACCUUCCGUAUCGGCCUCAGCGCGCAGGGUCAUCUCAGAAGAAAAGUCGGCUCAAUCAAUCACAGGCAGAGACCAAAGUCAAGACACCCUGAAGGAAACAAGGUCAAGCCUUGAGAGAGAGAAGAAAAACAAGAAGCAGAAAACUAAACAUCAGGUCGACAUUAAAGGAGUGUUUGGCCACAAACAGCAGUUCCCCAGAGCGUCGGUCUCGAACAGUAGCAGUGGUGAAUCUGCACAAGGCCAGAACGUUCAGAAACGAAAGUGGGAGGCGCCAGAGGUUCCACGGUCUCGAGCGGACUUGCUGCAGCAACAACAGCAAGCGUACCGCAAGAACAAAAGACGAAGUGAACAAUCUCACUUCAAAGUAGCUGGGGCGCAACGGGGUUGCAUGUCGUCUGUAGCCGAUAAUAGGUCCGUACCGGUCUUCCAAUAA